GGUGGUCUGGCAAGGGAAUGGUUCUACUUGCUGUCAAAGGAAAUGUUUAAUCCAUACUAUGGACUGUUUGAAUAUUCGGCAAUGGAUAAUUACACAUUACAAAUUAAUAACGGCAGUGGUUUAUGCAAUGAGGAGCAUUUGAGUUAUUUCAAAUUCAUUGGUCGCAUUGCUGGUAUGGCUGUUUAUCAUGGCAAACUAUUAGAUGCAUUUUUCAUUCGUCCAUUUUAUAAGAUGAUGCUUCAAAAGCCAAUUGAUUUAAAGGAUAUGGAAUCAGUUGAUACCGAGUAUUAUAAUUCACUGAUGUGGAUAAAAGAGAAUGAUCCCCGGCAAUUGGAAUUGACUUUUUCAUUGGAUGAAGACACGUUUGGCCAAAAGAGUCAACACGAACUAAAGCCAGGAGGCUCCAAUAUUGAAGUUACUGACGAAAAUAAAGAUGAAUAUAUUAAACUUGUUAUUGAAUGGCGUUUUGUUGCAAGAGUCAAGGAACAGAUGUCAUCGUUUUUGGAUGGAUUUGGCUCAAUAAUUCCAUUAAAUUUAAUUAAGAUAUUUGACGAACACGAGUUAGAAUUGUUAAUGUGUGGCAUUCAGAAUAUUGACGUGAAGGAUUGGCGAGAAAAUACUUUAUACAAGGGAGACUAUCAUCAAAAUCAUAUAAUAAUUCAAUGGUUUUGGCGUGCAGUGCUCUCAUUUUCGAACGAGAUGCGUUCACGUUUAUUACAGUUUGUUACUGGCACAUCACGCGUUCCAAUGAAUGGCUUCAAAGAGUUGUACGGUUCAAAUGGUCCGCAAAUGUUUACCAUAGAAAAAUGGGGUACUCCUAACAAUUAUCCUAGAGCACAUACAUGUUUCAAUCGUUUGGAUCUACCACCAUACGAAGGUUAUGUCCAGUUGAAAGAUAAACUAGUUAAAGCUAUUGAGGGCAGUCAAGGUUUUGCUGGCGUCGAUUAAUAUCUCUAGCAGUGGUAAAAUUCCCUAUAUCAACGAAAAAUUCCGCCGUAUAAGAUAAAUUGCGGAUUCGAGGCCUUUUACGCUGACUUGUGUACUUAUUUUUCUGUUUAUUACUAUAUAUUAAUAAUUUUACGAACUUCCUGUUAUAAAAAAAUAUAAAUACC